CUACUAUCCAACCGGAGCACAUUUUCCCAGCCUGCUGCUGCUGCGUCCUCUGCAGCUCAAAAAAACCAAAAAAAAACCCCCAACAACAAAAAGAACAUUUCCCGCCACAGGAGGAGCAGGAUUUCCUCACUGGAAGCUUCUUACCUACCCUGCCAUGGAAGCUGUCCCAGGAUUGGAACACAGUACUCGGAGGUCAUUGUCUUCCUAUGGGUGUCCUUUUAGAUCUCCAACGACUGGUGUCCUUUGGCUGCUGUGGACUCUGCUGACCCACGUGUGGACCUUCAACCUGGAUUCCACUCACACUCUGCACAAACUGGGCGACCCCGGGACCUUUUUUGGCUUCUCUCUUGCCCUUCAUCAGCAGCUCACACCAGAACCUCAAAGCUGGAUUCUGGUGGGGGCGCCACAGGCAGCAGGCCGUGGUUCCUUGCGGGGCAGUCGACCGGGAGCUCUGUUCAAAUGUCCAAUCACACCCGAAGAGUAUGACUGCGAGAGGGUGGACAUUGACAGUGAAGUGGUUCUAAGCAGAGAGAGCAAAGACAACCAAUGGCUGGGUGUCACUGUCAAGAGUCAGGGCAUUGGAGGCAAAGUGGUGACUUGCGCUCACCUUUACGAGCUCAGGCAACGUGUGCACCAGUCCUCGGAAACACGCGACCCCAUCGGACGUUGUUACGUCCUGAGCGAGGACCUGACGGAGCGAGACGACCUGGACGGAGGGGAGUGGAAGUUCUGUGAGGGUCGACCGCAGGGUCACGAGCAGUUUGGAUUCUGUCAGCAGGGUCUUGCUGUCAGUUUCACCCCAGAUAACAACUUCAUUCUGUUUGGGGCGCCUGGGACCUACAACUGGAAAGGUGAAAUGCGCGUGCAGCUGCUUAACCAGACUCUGCUCGACCUUGGUUUCUAUGACGACGGACCCUACGAGGUGGCAGAUCAGAAACAGCUUAAUGCCCAGCUCAUCCCGGUGCCCUACCACAGUUACCUGGGGCUCUUGUUCAUGGCUAGCCCUGUUGAAGAUGCUCUGCUGUACAAAACUCUGGAGCCCUCCAGGAAGCCUACAGCCUUUGAGGAUGUAGCUCAUAACAGCUACUUAGGAUUCUCUGUGGACUCGGCCAUGGGGAUAAUGAACCUGGGGGAGCUGACCUUUGUGGCAGGUGCACCCCGGGCUAAUCACACCGGGGCCGUGCUGCUGCUACGUAAAGACAACGUCUACCGCCUGGUGCCGGAGCACAUUUUCUGGGGGGAGGAGCUGGCCUCGUCUUUCGGAUACUCCGUGGCGACCACCGAUCUCAACAAUGACGGUUGGACCGACCUGAUUGUGGGAGCUCCGAAUUUCUUCGAUCGCAAAGCAGAGAUCGGCGGCGCCGUCUACGUGUACCUGAAUCCCUUUGGUCACUGGGAUGAUCAGGCUCGGCCUAUCCGUCUUAAUGGGACGUAUGACUCCAUGUUCGGCAUGACGGUCAGCAACGUAGGAGAUCUGGACCAGGAUGGAUAUGGAGAUAUCGCCGUUGGAGCACCGUUUGAUGGAGACGGCAAGGUCUUCAUCUACAGAGGUUCGGAUUCUGGGAUUGAAACAAAACCUGCUCAGGUUCUGGAUGGCCGAGACUUUGACGUGAAGCGUUUUGGGUACUCCAUCUCAGGUGGUCUGGACAUAGAUGAGAACCACUAUCCAGACAUGGCGGUGGGGUCACUCAAUAAUUCAGUGGUGCUCUUCCGGUCUCGUCCGGUCAUUCACAUAAUCCGGGAGAUAUCUAUUGAUCCGCAGUUCAUUGAUAUGGCUCAAUACAACUGUAGAGGCAGAGAUGGAGUCUGCAUCGAGGUCAAGGCCUGCUUCAUCUUCUCAGCCCACCCAGUCCACUACUCACCUCAUUUAACCCUGGUGGUGCGCUUUGAAGCCGACACAGAGCGCAGGAAGUUGGGCCUGCCGCACCGCGUCAACUUCCUGGGCGGUAGUUCCCUGGAGCCCGAGUACACUCAGACCGAGGAAGUGGAGCUCCAUCGCCAGAAGCACCCGGCGUGCACCACUGCUGUCUUCCAGCUCCAUGAGAACAUCCAAGACAAGCUGCGCCCCAUCUCCUUGUCCAUAACCCACACCAUCAAACCUCUGCCUCCUCACCGACACGCCGGACCCAACAGGCUGGAGAAACUUCCUCCCAUGCUCAACGUGUCGCCCUCCAAUACGCUGCACUCGGAGGUGAACUUCCUGCGCGAAGGAUGCGGCAACGACAAAAUCUGUCAGAGCAACCUGAAGCUGAGCUACCGUUUUGGAACGCGACCCCUAAACUCUGACCUUUUCACCCCCCUGCCAAGGGACGAGGACAACGUCCAGGUGUUCUCCUUGUCCGACCAGCGCCUGGUGGUGCUGGAGAUCACCGUCACCAACAUGCCCUCUGACCCUCUCAGCCCAGAAGAGGACGGGGACGACGCCCACGCCGCACAGCUGCUUAUCUCGCUUCCGAAAACUCUGUCCUACGCCGGCUCCAGGAUGACCUCCCAGAUGCGCUGUCAAGCCAACCAGAAUGGUUCUGAAGUAGAAUGCGACCUUGGGAACCCGGUUAAAAGAAACACGAAGUUAAUAUUCUCCAUCAACUUGAGCACGGCCGACAUCACCAUCGAAACCACAGAGUUGACCGCAGACCUCCAGCUAACUACAAUCAGUGAGCAACCUAACUUGGUGCCAAUCACAGCACUGGCUAAAGUGGUGAUAGAGCUCCCCCUGUCUGUUAUUGGGCUGGCUCGCCCUCACCAACUGUUCUUCAGUGGCGCUGUUAAAGGCGAAAGCGCUAUGAGCAGCUUGGAGGACGUCGGCAGCCGCGUUGACUUUGAGUUUUUGGUGGCCAAUCCAGGGCAGGCUCUGCAAACUCUCGGCUCCGCCUUCCUCAACAUAAUGUGGCCUCACGAGCUGGCCAACGGGAAGUGGCUGCUGUACCCGGCCAGCUUGAACUUUGAGGGUCACUCGGCCUCUCAUUGCACACCCGUGGGGGCCGUGAACCCGCUGGGUCUGCACAGACCCUGGCUUGCAGAUCCCUCGCAGCCUGUCAAUCACACGCAGGCUGGACGGGCUCGUCGCUCUCAUCCAGACCACGAAGGUGAAGAAAUGAUCAAAGGGAGCGUGAGGCGAACUUCUCCUGCUGUGGCCGCUUCAGAAAGACGCAAGUCUCUUAAACUGGAUUGUCUCCUGGGUUCGGCGCGCUGCGUUCUCUUCCAGUGUCCUCUUCACAGCUUCUCUGGCCAGGCGGUGCUUAGGAUCCACGGCCGGCUGUGGAACAGCACCUUCAUUGAGGAGUUCUCGUCAGUCAGCGCCCUGGAGCUGCUGGUCAGAGCAGAAAUCACGGUGAAGUCCACCAUCAAACAUCUGGUGCUCAAGGAUGCUGCUGCUCAGAUUCCAGUGAUGAUCUACCCGGAACCAGGGCUAGUGGACCAGUACUCUAUCCCCUGGUGGAUCAUCCUCAUCGCUGUCUUGGCUGGCAUUCUUCUCCUGACCCUGUUGGUCUGCAUACUGUGGACGUGUGGCUUCUUCCAGCGGGCCCACCUCAAAGACAAACUGCCUCAGCACCACGCCGUGAAGAUCCCCCGCCAAGACCGCCCCCAGUUCCAGACGGAGAAGCCAGGCGCUCAGGCGAAAAAGGAAUGGGCCACACACUGGAGCGACAGGACCUCAUAAGCCCCGCCCACCACCCCCAACUAAUGUGUCACGAGACGGAACUAAUGCACUAAGAAUAAGUGUCGGCAUGCGCAGGUUAGCGCCGCCUAAUGACAAAGAUGAUGUCAGGACAUCAGUCUGUAGCCAUGACGGUGAAGAGGGAUACUACUGUUUCGCCUUAACUGCUGACGACUGUACGGACCUUUUUGUGUCCGACGGAUUUAACUUAGCUAUAACAAAGGAAAAUAUAUGUCGAGUUUUAAAAAAAGGUGAGAAAAGUCGUUGAAAUAUCGACACUAGUAGCACUUUUCUUUAAGAUCGUCAUGCUUCAUGCGUUAUUUUUUUCUGGGUCAUGUGGCGGCUGGAGCCUAUCCUAGCCAACCUACGUCCUGGACUGUUCUACUUUCACACAGAGAUGACUCCUGUACAGAAGCUAGCGAAGGAGGGAUGCUUGCAUGCAGCAUUUCGAUAAUCUUAGUGUCUGCUGUGACCAUACUUGCCAACCCUCCCGGAUUUUCCGGGAGACUCACGAAAUUCAGCGUCUCUCCCGAAAACAUCCCGGGACAAAUUUUCUCCUGAAAAUCUCCCGAAAUUCAGGCAAACCUGAGUCCGCUUUCCCACAAUAUAAAGAACGUCUACAGUAAAGCAGUCCGUCUGCCGUAAACAGCAAUGUUGUGACACUCUUAAACAGGACAAUACUGCCAUCUAGUGCAUUUGAUGAAAGCACUUUUGUGCGUGCCACACAGCAAUGCAUCAUCAGAGAGGGUGUUCAGCAUGGUUAGAAAGAUAGUGACAGAGAAUAGAACAAGGAUGGACAAUUCAACCCUUAACUCAACAAUGAGUAGAUGAGUGUUAUGUGUGUGUAUAUGUGUA